GUUUCAGGUGAAAGACCCUUCAGGUGCAGUCAGUGCAACAUGAGCUUCAUUCAGAAGUACCUUCUCCAGCGGCACGAGAAAAUCCACAGUGGAGAGAAGCCGUUCAGCUGUGAUCAGUGUAACAUGCGGUUCAUUCAGAAGUACCACAUGGAGAGACACAAGAGAACGCACAGCGGCGAGAAGCCAUACAGAUGUGAGACCUGCCAACAGUAUUUUUCGCGGACAGAUCGACUUCUUAAGCACAAGAGAACCUGUGGAGAAGCCAUAAAGAAGGGUCUGGAUCCUGGGAUGGACCUGGGUUGUGUAGACAUGGGACAGUGCAGCUAUGGAAUCACUCAGGGAAACAUUGGGAGUACUGGGAGGAAGAAAGGAAAGUCCAAAAAUUCUUCAGAGGGAGAGGAGCGCAAGAAAAAGAAGGGAAAUGGAGGGCUAGUGAGCAAGUCGCACAUGCACAGAGAUUCGGCUGGAGGCUACAGCGUCCACGAGUACUCUGUGGACAAUCCAACUGUGUCUUCCUCUACUGAGCCUGGGCUCUGCAUGCAGCAGGGCCACCAAGCUCCAAAGCUGGCCUUCAAGAAGGCCAAUCGUAAAAGCCUGGACAAAGUGGGUCAGGGAACAUCCAAGUCUGGAUUGUUGGAGCAGGAAAGUCUCAACCUCAUGCAGAAUAACGAGGCUAAAGUAGAGUCCACCAGCAGCAACUACGAUGAUGCCAUGCAGUUUCUAAAGAAGCGCCGCUACCUUCAGGUAGCAAACAAUGCAAACGCCUCUGGCCCUGCAGCUCCUGGAGGAGCCAGCAGUGAGUAUGAUGUCAGCGUUAACAUGUCCUUGCAGCCUUCAGACCUUCAGGGUUCAGCUUCAAACGUGAUGGACGCCGACGUUCCUCUCAGUUUCGACAAGUCAGGGAUCCCCGACGAAGUGCUGCAGAGCCUCCUGGAACACUACGCCCAGAAACCCGACAGCCUGCACCACGACAUUCACUUCGACAUCAGCGAUCAGCACAUGGAGCUGAACCCCACCUCAGCCGACGCCCCCAGCCCAUCAGGAGACAAGAUGCACGAAUACUCCCGCUUCCUGCUGCAGGCUUUGGAGCGCACCAGCCACAGUGCCGCUUUCUCUCUCGGCCCUGGACUCCCCCCCUCGGGACCCUUCACCAAUUCCCACCUGGGGAACCUCCUGUAUGCUGACAAGAACAUCUACACUACGUCUCCCCUGGACUGUUUUGGUCAGUCUGUGGCGUCGUCUGUGCCAAAGUCUCACUUUACGAUGCUGACGAGCUCCUCCCCACAGCACAGCUUCAGUCUGAGCACCCUGGAGGCCCCCACGCACCAGCAGCUCACCCCGUCUCAGGAGCUCACCGAGCAGAUGGAGAAGCGGCACUCCUCCACUCCCCCAUCGUCCUACCAGAUAAGCCCCUCUGACCUGAGCCUCCAGAAGGACCAGCCGUCGGUGAAGACUGGCACAGAGACCAUCUACCCUCUGGCCUCCUCGCAGGAUCUGGCCUCUCUGGACUCCUCCAAGCCUUCCUACCAGAUUGAAAACUUCGCCCAGGCCUUUGGCUCCCAGUUUAAGUCAGAUGGCCAUGGCUUGUCGUACGGCACUGACUCUGGCGGGGAGGUGGACCACAGGAUAAGGACGCCUGUGUCUGAUUUCUCAGGGUUUAGCAGUUUGUUGUCUGACGUUAAUGAGCCAGGAAGUACCGGUCCCAAACCACCAACAAGCCAAAGCUACAGAUGAAAGCCUGAGAGGGA